UGUUGAAUCUCCAGCAGGUGGCCACAAAGACACUGAAAUCUGCAAAAUGUGACUGUAGAAGAAGACGAAGCCCCUGACAACAAAUUAAAUACACACAGGGAGCUUGUUGUACAUAGUCUGUAAAUGCACUAUGCAUCUGCCAGUUGGUGUAUUGGUUUAGUUUGUAGUGGUUCCUCUGGUUUAUAUGAGACUCAGCAGAACCAGGUCGACAGUUGGACAUCUGGCUAACACAGGCUAACAGCAGCCAGGCAAACUUUAACCCCGCAUUCGAGAAGAUGGACUCGGGUGUCCUCACGGCCAUUUCGAAAGGAGACCCUCUACCUCUGGCCUCACUGCACCUCCUGGUUCCUCCUUUUCAGCUAAUAUCAGCUUCCAUGUGGCAAGUUCUGAAGAAUCAAGAUGUCAUUAACUACUGGAAAGUGGCUGAAUUUGUCUCUCUGGUGGUGGACAUGGUCCCAGAGCUGCUCAUGUACAAACACAGGACACAACUUAACCUGGGUUUAAGAGCAAAGUAUAUUCUUGAAUUGUGUCGAAGUGAACAACAUGUGGAACCUGACUUCAUCCUAUCUCACCUGGAAAAGAUCAGUCCACAACAUACAGCUGUGACAGAUAUGAAAGAAUCAGAGGAGGAAGAAGCAGCAGCUCACUUUCUGGAGUUGAUUCAGACUCUCCUAAAAAACACAGAUGACAGACGAGACUUUUUCUUGGAGGUCUUCCCAGCAGAGUUUGGACCACAAUAUGAAGGUGAUCUGCAGAUGCUGUUUUGGGAGUUUCUCUGUCGACUAGGUCAGCUGUUGCCAGUUCCUGAUCUUGAACAGACUAUUUCUUGGCUUGGAGGUGAAUCCUCUGUCCUGAAGGAUGGUGUAUAUUCUGUGUUUGAACCCACACACAUGAAGAAUUUGCUCCAGCACCACAAACACCUUGGACAUUUGGAGCAGCAUGUUCCUCCCUCCAGCAUGGGAAACAGCAUCCUGUCUUCUCUCUCUGCAGCUCACUCCAACAGACAGACAAAACCUUCAGACUGCGAGUCAGAUCCACUGCAGGGCCUCAGUGAGGACACACAACCUGUAACAUUUGUAGAUGAUGUAGCAGUUGAAAUCAUCACAGUGACAGAUUAUGCAGAGGUAGAACUUGGUGCAAACACUGACAUAGAAGUGGUGAUAGGGGAAAAUUUCGAGAGAACCGAUUCUAGCACAGCAGCUGAGCACACAUUGGUAGUGCUUCCUGAAGAGAUGACCAGGAAUGGGGAAGAAGGUGAUGCUGCAGAGGAAAAACCAUUAAGUGGUCUGACAAAUACUUUCCACCCAGAGGUGAAGGAUGACUCCCUGUCAUCACAAAACAAAAUCUCUUUGGGACCACACGACUGCCCAGACUGUGAAAAGAAAUUCAAGUUUGCCUCUUCGCUAAUUGCCCACAGGGUUAUUCACACAGGUGAACGCCCCCACCAGUGCAAUGAGUGUGGCCGCUGUUUUUCCUUCAGGCAGUCUCUUGACAGGCACAGACACACUCACAAAACAGGGCGUAGGUAUGAUUGCAUUAUAUGUGGAGAAUCCUUCCUCUCCCUGUCAGCCCGCACAGAGCACAAGCAAAUGCACAUGAAAGAUGGAGUCUACACAUGCCAACAGUGCCAUAAGAAAUUCAGCUGGGAGCUGGCACUUGCGAGACACAUAAAAACUCACAUAGAGCAAAAUGCAAACAAGUCCACAGAGGAGAGUGAAGAGGGAAAAGAGGUGGUUUUGACUGAAGAAAAUGUAGUCAAAGCUCUUGCACCUUCAGAAACUGACUGUAAGGUACAGGCAGAUGAUACAGAGGUACAGAGAAAGGAGUGUUGCAUCUCGGGGACUGGAGGAAUGGCCCCUCAACUUGUCAAUGAAGUCAUUUCCUUGGUCAAGGUUCGCACAAGUGGUCGCAAACGCAAACCAACCAUGAAGAUCCAAGUAAUAAAUUUGCAAAAGAGCAUCACCAGUAAGAGAAAGAUGGAACUGGCCAAAACAAACCCACCUGUGCUGAAACCAUUACCUUUUAAUAGUGCAGAGCAUUCCUAUGGUACUCCCAUGGUCUCACCAAAGGAAGGUGAUGAAGGUUCCGUGACUGAAGACUCAUCUGCUGCGUUUUCCUGUCCUAAGUGCUCCUAUUUCCAUCCAGAGGAAGAGCAUGUCCAGCAGCAUAUUGACAAGGCCCACUCUGCUGAGGCUGAGGAUGACAAAUCAUCCAUACAGGCCCUUACAGAUGAAGACGGACGUUUCGGUUGUCCUGACUGUGACAAAAGCUUCAAGUUUCAGUCUUUACUCAAAGCCCAUCAGCGUAUCCACACAGGUGAGCAGCCGUUCCUCUGCUCCCAGUGUGGACGGCGUUUCUCUUUCAAACAGUCACUGGAGAGGCACAAGCAGACGCACAAGUCAGGACGCAAGUUUGAGUGUUUGAUCUGUGGGGAGUUCUUCAAGUCCCUGGUGGCUCAGAGGGAGCAUAAGAGCACCCACAUGGAGAACGGUGAGUACCUAUGUUCCGAGUGUGGCCGGGCCUUCGCGUGGAAGUCUGCAUUAGUGAGGCACCUGAAGACUCACGGUGAAGACACUGACAAGGCAGAGCGUUUGUACAAAUGCCCGCACUGUGAGCAGGGCUUCAGCUGUGCCAGCUACCUCAGCAGGCAUCUCCAGACUCAUCAGGAAGAAAAAGUGCACACAUGCAACUGUGGAAAGAGUUUUGCCUACCGAGCUGCUCUCACAGCACACCAACGCAUCCAUCAAAAAGAGCGGCCUCAUGUUUGCGCACAAUGUGGCAAAGGAUUCCUCUACCGGGGCGGUCUGCUGAGCCACAUGAAGAUACAUUCACAGGAAAUGCCCUUCAUGUGUUCCUUCUGUGGCAAGAGCUUCAAGAGAGAACGCAACAUGAAGAAGCAUGAGCGUUGCCACACCAGGGAAAACGUCUUUAGCUGCUCGCAGUGUGACAAAAGUUUUGUCUACAAGGCAACGUUAAUCAGACAUGAGCUGACACAUUCAGGUGAGAGGCCUUACCUCUGCUCCGACUGUGGGAAAGGCUUUUUUUCCCAUGCUGAACUUCUGAAGCAUGAACGUUUCCACACUGGCCACAAGCCUUUCCAGUGCCCCCACUGUGGCAAGAAGUUCACUCAGUCCUGCUACCUAACCAUCCACCUGCGCUACCACACUGGAGUCCGCCCAUACUCCUGCUCUGAGUGUGACAAGAGCUUCCUUAGUGCCAACCGCCUGAAAAGACACCAAAGAACACAUUCAGGUGAAAAACCAUACCUGUGUGUAGAAUGUGGCAAAGGGUUCCGGCAGUCCUAUCAUCUCAAAAUGCAUCAAAGGACACAUGCCAUAAAGCUAACAUAAACUUAGUGUAUUUGGGGCUUAAUAUUUGAUGUAUGAAUUGUGCAGAGAACUUCUGUCAGGGAACAGCAAAAUAUUAUGUAGCUUUAUCCCCUCUGUAACCAUUCUGAAUUACCUCUAGUAAGUAAAACUUGUUCUAGAGAGAAUAGGUUUGUUGAAUGUCGCAUUGAAUACACUUGACUUGCUAAUUGCAUUGCAAUUAAAGCACACUGAACAAAGUAA